AUGGAUCCAUCGACUGAUCAUCUUUCCAAGCGCAAGCGCCUAUCUUUUGCUUGUAAUCAUUGUCGACAAAAGAAAACGCGUUGUGAUGAACAGCAGCCGUGUCGAACAUGUCGGUUAGCUGGGGUGGAGUGCGUAACGACCGACAAGCGACGCGAUGGUGCACCUGUUGCCCACCGGCGACGGACAGGCGCAACAGCAUCCUUAACACCCGUACAGGUGACGCCAAAUACACAAGACUCCCACUCAUCAUCUGUCGCCCCUGCUGCCCAGGAUCGCCCGCGACUAUGGUCGCAAUGCUGGGGUCGGGAGCGUUGGAGAACGGGCCGCUUGCCGAUGAUGCCCCGCCUCUCGGGAGCAAGUAUGCUCGAGUUGACGACUGAAUGGCUGGAUCUUGCAUUUUAUCGACUCAAAAUGCCCAGAGUUUCAUCUGUUUCUCCCAUGCUUAAUGCUCAAUUUGCAUCAUUCACCCCAGGCGCGCCUGCUCUUCCUUCGCCAGAGAAGACUCGUGGCCUCGUUGAUCUCUAUUUCCAGACCCUUCAUCAAUUGUUUCCAUUCUUGAGCCGCGAAGCUGUGGUAUCUAUUUAUGAUCGCAAUUUAUCACACUCGCGGGAUUAUUUUUCCAUGCAUCAGGCUUCCCUCCCACACCAAGCACUGAUCUAUUCAAUCAUUACGACUGGUCUCUUAGUUGAGCCUGUUUCCAAAGAGUGUCAGAGCAGUAUAUCAGCAUACGUCGGAUAUUGCAAUUCGCUACUUGGACAUCUCGUUGCAGCGCGCUGCUUGGAAUCCGUACAAGCAGUUCUACUAUUUUCCAUUAUCCUUCGCAGCUGCGAUAGACUUGCGUGGGCAUGGGAUAUUCUUGCAAUGGCUGGGUCGAUGGCUCAGUCCAUUGGACUCAACCAAACAACGAAGUCACACCUUCGUCCGAAUAAUGACGACGUGAUGAAAAGUGAAGAGCAGGGAUAUCACACGUGGUGGUGCCUGUACGCCUUUGAGAAGAUUCUUGCGUUUGAGAGCGGACGCCCGUCCACGAUCUGGGAUCGUGAGCUUUCAGGGGCAUUAGCCGAACUCAACCAAAGCGAUGCUUCAAAAGAUCCAGAGUACCAAUUCCGAAACAUUUCGUUAAGUUUAGCAAAUCUCCUCCACGAGAUGCAAGAGCGGUCAGCCAGAGCUUGGCGAAGAGAAGAAUGGUUACCCCAGUCGGCAGAGGAGGCAAUUGAAGAGAAAUUAAAAACUGGAGGAGAGCUAAUUGCGCUACUUGAUACUUGGCGAACAAGUCUCCCCGAGGAGUAUCGCUUCGAUACACCAUCAUCAAGCUAUCACAAUGCACCCAAAGUGGCAUUUCUUUCUUUUUAUUACAACACCGCAGUAAUUCUUUUACAUCGCAGUACUCUCAUAAUUUCUAAAGAAGAGAUGAAUGAAGUAGUGAAUAGAUAUUGCCCCAGCACCGCAUAUCAGCCGCAGCUUCUCAAAGGUCCAACGAUUGUUGUUGAAGCCGCUCGAGACAUGGUGAAGCUCUUGGUGACACUCGUUGACUCGGGUGUGCCAAGUUAUCUCCUUACAAUGACAUCGCCCCUCGCUGCGGUAUAUGCACUGGCUGUGCAUAUAUUUCGAGAAAGAAAGUCACUGUUGAUCCGGUCAGACUUUGAGCUGAUGAAAGUGGCUUCGCAGCUCACCAGGCAGUCCUAUCAAAAACAUGGAACUGUGUCGAACAUAGAUGAUAUUCUGAUGGGUCUGGAGCGAUAUGCCCUACAAUGUCUGGAAGAUCCUGGAGGUCAUCCUACUGAGCAAUUAUACGAUCCACCGAAUGAGUCUCUCCCAUCUGAGCAAACACCUACAAUGGUAUCGAUGGAACUGGGCUGGGGACCAUCAGCACUCGAUUGGGCUGGAUGGGACUGGAAUGAUUUAAGUCAUCUAUUUGAGCAUAGCUAA